UCCGAGACGCGCCGCCCUGACAGUUUGAGUUUACUUUUUGGCUUAGGUGGCAACGCGGAAGGAUGUCGGAGACCGCGCCAGUCGCUCCUGUGGCGCCCGCACCCGCAGAGAAGGCACCUGUAAAGAAGAAGGCGAGGAAGAGCGGCGCUGCCGCCGGGAAGCGCAAGGCGUCCGGGCCGCCGGUGUCCGAGCUCAUCACCAAGGCCGUGGCCGCCUCCAAGGAGCGCAGCGGCGUGUCCCUGGCCGCGCUCAAGAAGGCGCUGGCGGCCGCCGGCUACGACGUGGAGAAGAACAACAGCCGCAUCAAGCUGGGCCUCAAGAGCCUGGUGAGCAAGGGCACCCUGGUGCAGACCAAGGGCACCGGCGCCUCGGGCUCCUUCAAGCUCAACAAGAAGGCGGCGUCCGGGGAGGCCAAGCCCAAAGCCAAGAAGGCGGGCGCGGCCAAGCCCAAGAAGGCUGCCGGGGCGGCCAAGAAAGCCAAGAAGGCCACCGGGGCCGGCACCCCCAAGAAGAGCGCCAAGAAGACCCCGAAGAAGGCGAAGAAGCCCGCGGCGGCGGCGGCUGCGGGCAAGAAAGUGGCCAAGAGCCCGAAGAAGGUGAAAGCGGCCAAACCGAAGAAGGCGGCCAAGAGCCCCGCCAAGGCCAAGGCCCCGAAGCCCAAGGCGGCCAAGCCCAAAGCUGCCAAGCCUAAGGCGACAAAGGCAAAGAAAGCUGCGCCUAAGAAGAAGUGAAGGUUGUAGCGGCAUGUCCUGCCUCCGAGUUCUCAAAGGCUCUUUUCAGAGCCACCCAACUAUUUCAAGUGGAAGAGCUUAACUGGUAUCUUUAAGAAUAAAUUAAAAAAAGAAAGAAAAGAAAAAGAAAAUCGUGGCUUGGAAGGAUGUUCUGCCCAGAAUUGGCUUGUCACUGAACGGUGGACCUGGGUCUCAAGUACAAGUUUCUUUGUUUCUACUUCGUCGUGUGCCCCACGUAUUGUAUCAGCUACAAAGGGAGUGGAGUUCUUGGUUUCAUUUUCAGCCUCGUCCAGAAGGUAGUAGAGUUAUUGUAAUUCUGUUUCAGGCCCGUUGUGACUUAACUACUUCACAAGCCCUUUGGAAUGCCUCAGACACAGCUAAGUAUGAUUUAAUCAAGGUCCUAGUUUUUCUAUGGUUUCCGUAUAUUCGUAUUCGGAUUCCUUUCCCUGGGACAGGACAGGGUUUUCACAGGCAUCAGAACUUAUUUAAAUCUUUUCCCAUCUCCCCCAAUUUUUGUUACAGCUAACGUCCUGGGUAAGGAAGACCACCGCUGUCUUAGUGUUCUGCACCCAGAGGACGAGGGAACAGGAAGCUCAUUCCCAGUCACCGUGUUUCAUCACUGACCACGUCCCUGGGACGGUCUCCCUUGAGGGUCUCUUGAAAUGCUCAUGCUUGGGUUUCUGAUGCUCUCU